CAGCCCCCAGAUUUACGUCUCAAAUUCCCACCAUCUUCCUUCUUUUUGACUAAAAAAUUCAGAGUCUUUUUAUAAAGAAAGAAGAAUACGGAGGUAGGAAAAGCAUUGCGUUAGUCGGGAUAGCGACCGACGCCAUUAGAGAAAACUGGUGUAAACAACAGUCUUUUUCUUUUCACCUUUUCUUUGAUUCAGAAUCAAGAAUUGCAAAAAAGAAAGAGCGAAUCGAAGAAACAGUGUCACGAAAAUAGAGAGAGGUGGGGGAUCCAAGUCUGAGAGAAGUAGAAAAUAAAGAGACAAAAAUAAGAGGCUGGGGCCAUGAAGAAGCAGAGCACGGCAUCACAAUCGACGACUACAAAGCCUGCGACCACGGUGUUGCCUUAUCAGACCCCAAGGCUGAGAGAACAUUACCUUAUUGGGAAGAAGCUGGGCCAAGGUCAGUUUGGGACCACCUACCUCUGUACCCACAAGUCCACGGAUGCCCACUACGCCUGUAAGUCUAUCCCCAAGAGAAAACUCCUAUGCAAGGAAGACUACGACGAUGUUUGGAGGGAGAUUCAGAUCAUGCACCACCUCUCUGAGCACCCACAUGUGGUACGGAUCGAAGGGACUUAUGAGGACUCGGUGUUCGUUCACUUAGUUAUGGAGUUGUGCGCUGGGGGAGAGUUGUUUGAUAGGAUUGUGCAGAAAGGGCAUUACAGUGAGAGAGAGGCGGUGAAGCUCAUAAAGACUAUUGUUGGAGUGGUGGAGUCUUGCCACUCCCUUGGGGUCAUGCAUAGGGAUCUCAAGCCCGAGAAUUUCUUGUUUGAUAGUCCUGGUGACGAUGCCAAGCUCAAGACCACCGAUUUCGGCUUGUCUAUAUUCUACAAGCCAGGAGAAGCUUUUCAUGAUGUAGUUGGAAGUCCUUAUUACGUUGCACCUGAGGUUUUGAAAAAGCAUUAUGGACCUGAAGCAGAUGUAUGGAGUGCUGGUGUUAUCCUAUACAUCUUACUAAGUGGAGUUCCACCUUUUUGGGCUGAAACUGAAACAGGAAUCUUUAGACAGAUUUUACAAGGAAAAUUAGACUUUGAAUCUGCACCAUGGCCUAGCAUUUCAGAAAGUGCAAAAGAUUUGAUCAGAAAGAUGCUUGAGAGGGACCCAACAAAAAGAAUCUCUGCCCAUGAAGUGCUAUGUCACCCAUGGAUUGUAGAUGACACAGUUGCUCCAGACAAACCUCUGGGUUCUGCAGUUUUGUCACGGCUGAAGCAGUUCUCAGCAAUGAAUAAACUUAAAAAGAUGGCUUUGCGGGUCAUAGCAGAAAGACUUUCAGAGGAAGAAAUUGGUGGUCUGAAAGAGUUGUUCAAAAUGAUUGACACGGACAAUAGUGGGACUAUAACAUUUGAGGAGCUUAAAGAGGGUUUGAAAAGAGUGGGCACUGAACUAAUGGAAUCUGAGAUCAAGUCUCUGAUGGAAGCGGCUGAUAUAGACAACAGUGGAUCAAUAGACUAUGGUGAGUUUCUGGCUGCUACUUUGCACGUGAAUAAGAUGGAGAGAGAGGAAAAUCUGAUAGCAGCGUUCUCCUAUUUUGACAAAGAUAGUAGUGGUUACAUCACCAUUGAUGAGCUUCAACAAGCUUGCAAAGAGUUUGGUCUAGGUGAUGUCCAUCUAGAUGACAUGAUCAAAGAAAUUGAUCAAGACAACGAUGGCCGUAUAGAUUUUGGGGAGUUUGCAGCAAUGAUGAGGACGGGAGAUGGAGGAGUUGGGAGGAGCAGAACAAUGAGAAGCAAUUUGACCUUUAAUUUGGCUGACGCCUUUGGUGUAAAAGCGACAACCCAAGAUUAACCAAAAUCAAUUUACCUUUGUAGUUUCAAAAGGAAUUAUUUAUGUUAAUUGUAGUCUGCAGCAGCAGCUCCCUUUUUUUCUCUUUGGGUGAGAAGAAUUUUCUAUGAAAAAGCCAAGCGAUUGAGUAGACAGAACAGCAGGGUUAACUAAUACCCAAACCGAAAGUCAUUUGGAAUCUUGUUUACAACAUAACCAAGAGUUACAUGAACAACAAAAAGCUAUCAGGAUCUGGUAGUCCUCCAGUUUUCUGAUCAUUUUACCUGCA